AUGUUCAUUGUCCGAACUUUCGUCUUCAAGCUUUACGAGUCACCCAAAUUUUACCUAGCCCACGGUCAGGACGAGAAAGCGCUAGAUGUUGUCUUCUCCCUGGCAAAAUAUAACGGCGUCCCAGCUCCCGGCAUUUCUCUGGAGAAACUCCAGCGCAUCGAAAACGAAACCCUAGGGCGCCUCGGCCUGCAAGGGUCACCUAAAGUGGACCAGACUCGUCGGCUAAGUAGAAGACAACUGAUAGCACACAACCUUCGGGAACUCAGAGGCAACUAUCUCAAGGCGCUUUUCAACAAUCGGAAGAUAACCUACUCGACCACAGUCAUCGUUCUUAUCUAG